CUGUCUUUCUAAGUCUUUCUUUUUAUUAGAAAAAUAAUAAUAUAAAAAAUCCUUGCAUUUAAUUAACGAUAUAAUGGCUGAAAUUCAGACAUUGAUAGAAAUGGGUUUUCCCAAAGAGCGAGCUGAGAAAGCAUUGGAAGUCACAAAUUUUAAGGGCGUAGAACCUGCAAUGGAAUGGCUUUUGGCGCACGCAGAUGAUCCAGUGGAGAGCGUAGGUCACACGAUCGCCGGUAGCUCAAGCAGCGAGGCCCCGGCCGCGGCCGCGGCGCCGGCACCCGCGGAGUCCACGUCAGAGACCCCAGAAGCCGCCGACGAAGCCAAAUCAUUCAAAUGUGACGAGUGCGGUAAACUGUUCAAAAACCAGGAUGAAAUGGAGUACCAUGCAGCUAAAACGAAUCACAGCCAGUUUUCCGAGUCUACUGAAGAGAAGAAACCGUUGACUGAGGAGGAGAAGAAAGCUCAACUUGCUCUUCUUGAGGAGCGCCUCAAACAAAAACGCAAAGAAAGGGAGGAAAGAGAGAAGGCUGAAGCAUUAGAACGCGAGCGUAUCAGGAUAAAGUCGGGUAAAGAUUUACAAGAAGCCAAAUUACGCAUGCAAGAACAAGAAAUGAAAAAGUUAGUAGAACAGAGGCGAAGAGAGAAAUUGGAAGACCAACAAGCCAGGGAAAGAGUUAAAGCUCAAAUAGAAGCUGACAGACAAGCAAGAAAAUUAGCAGCCUCUGGUCAGCCCGCUCCUGCUCCUCCAGCGCCUGUGCCCAUUGCUAGUCCCACCCCUCCACCCAAGGGCUCCUACGAGCAAGCCCGCAUUCAGCUGAGGCUGCCCGAUGGACAGUCAAUCACACAUAACUUUGGGGCCAAGGAACUAUUAGCUGCUGUCAGGACUUAUGUACAAGUGAACACUAAGGAAUUUGCACAAAAUGAUAAUUUUAAAUUGAUGACCACAUUUCCCAAGAAAAUAUUCACUGAGGAGGAUUAUGAAAAGCCAUUAGAAAUAUUAGGCCUUGUACCAUCUGCAGUAAUAAUAAUCUCAAGAGGAGCUCAAUAAAUAUUAUUUAAGUCAAUUGUAAAAAUGUGCUGGGUAUGUUUAUGAAUUAUUGUCUACAUUCUUUAAAAAUUAAAUGUUUUGUCAGCUUAAAACUAUUAUACCAGAAUAAAAUAUACAGUCUCUGAAAAUAAUGUAAAAGAAGUGUCAUAUUGUGAACUUGAGUCUUUUGAAUAAACAAUAAAAUUCGAUUGGAAA